GGCAAACCCUUGAAAGCUCGUCCAACUAUCAGGACUCGUGCAACUAUAACUACUCGUACUAGUUUCCUGCCGCCACUCUUCUAUUGUCUUCGUUCACUCCCACCACCCUCCGGCAUGUCGCAGCCGCUGCCGCCACCUCCGUUGCGCCCCUCGUGCUAGCGCCCGUCUCUGCUGCCGCCAUGACGUCUCAAAACUUGCAGCCGUCCCACUGGCGGUACACGGAGCUGGACGACCGCAACUUCCAAGUCCAAGGCCAGACCCUCUUCUACGUCGUCGUGCUGUUUGCCACGGUCCUCCUCGUCACCCUCCUCUUCCACUACGCCCGCUGGGUCUGCCGCCACCACAGCCCGCCCCCCGAGACUUCCCACGGCGCGGCGAACGCGCCCCUGCCUCGGCCCUCGCUGGGCCUCGACGCUGCUGCCAUCGACAGGCUGCCCAUCGUGCUGCACGGUGGCGCGCCGUCGGAGGUGGAGGAAGCCGGCGAAUGCAGCAUAUGCCUCGGGGAGUUCGAGGACGGCGAGAAGGUGAAGGUGUUGCCGCAGUGUGGACACCGUUACCACUGCGGGUGCGUGGACCAGUGGCUCGCGACGCGGUCGGUUUGCCCGCUGUGCCGGGCGCCUCUCCCUGUCGACUCGGCCGGUCCGUGAGCCUGAGUGAGCGGAACGAGUUGGAAAGCGUAGAAAUAUCUUGCAUCUCCACCUCCCUCCACUAGCGUCUCUUUCAUCGUGUAGUAUUCCUUUUCUUUUGUUUGUAGGUGGCUUUUUCUUUGGGCGGAUGUUGUUUUGUGUAGAGAAUUAGGAGUUUUGUACCCUUAAGUUUCUACUUUUCA